AUGCCUCCCACUCCUUCCACACGCAACGGCCAGCCCGGCGACAACCUCCCCCAGCACGCCAUCAAACGCCGCCGCGACUCCUCCUCCUCCUCCUCGCCCAUCUUCGUCUCCUCCGGCCCCGCGGCAGGCAGAUCCUCCACCGCCCCUCUGUGCCCCUCGUGCGCCGCCUCCAUGAGCGGCACUGCCAGACCGACCACAUCGCCCGAGGCACGGCAGCUUCUCUUCGACGCGCUCGAGAGGGGCGACCGCCUUGCGGCCAUGAGCAAGACCAUCGACUCGCCCGGGUGCCUCACCCCCGCGCAGCUCACGCGGUGCUUCGACAUUGUGCACGCAUGCGGGUGCGCGACGGAGGCGCAGGCCACUCUCGCCAUGACGCGCCAGAGCGUCGACGGGUUCCUCGAGGCCGUGUUCCAUGACUGGUCGAGCGAGAGGCCGGGAGAGCUGCUGCGGCCGGAGCUGGAGUUUCUUGUCGACGCCGAGGUGGUGGCCGGACGCAUGUGCGUAUCUCCGUCGAACCACCACACCUUCUCAGACUGCCUCUCGUCCGAUCCCCCCUGCGGCGUCGAAGUCACCGCGUCGGCCACCUACAGCAGCAACCCCGCGAUGCUGAAGCAAGAGUUUCUCACCACGGACCCGUUCACGCGCCAGCCCGAGGCGACAUGCCUGCUGGGACGCAGCGACGUGCGCUGGGUGGCGACGGACUGGCGGGCGACACUGCGGGAGACGCUGCUGAGCAAGGUGCUGGCCAGGGCGGGCAAGUUCAACAAGCACCUCGCCAUCUGGAAGGCGCGCAGGCUCGUCGUGGCGUGGAGCAAGGGCCGCGCCGAGGUGGGCGUCGGCGGCAGCGGCGGCGGCGGCGGGGACGGCGAGGACCCGGCAGAGGGCUUUGCUGGGCGGGAGCAGGCUGAGCUGGCGCUCAUGUGCCUUGGAGGAUGA